AUGGGAGAUUUUGGGAUGGGGCUUUGCCGGGACCCUUUACCCUGCGUCCUGCCGAGGCACGAGACCGUUUAUUGCCGUGAUGUGGGACGAGGACACUCGUUCCCUCCCUUUCCGGGAAGGAUGCUGCCGGGGAAAGCGGAGAAGAGGAUGGUUUCGUCCGUCUUCAUCACCCUGGUGCCGCCACGGAGGGACGUGGCCACCAAGGAGAAAACCCAAAGGGAAGCGCAGCCGGUCGGUGCCGAGGUCCCAGGCACCCAUCGACAUAAAGGUAACGGGGGCUUUGCUUCCACCGCUCACCAGGUCCCUUCUGCCUUCCCUGCCGAAUUGAGGCUGCCCAAAUUUUGCCAGGAGCAAGCGGGCGAGCCGCAGCAGCAGGAUGCAAAUGGAUACCCGGAGAGGGAUGGCUCCAGAGGGACGUGCCAGCGGCUCCUGGCCGGCCAGCGCUACUACCAAAAAGACGGGUGCCCCACGUGCGACGCCUGCUACCAGGCAACGCUGGAGAAAUGCGCUAAGUGCCGGGGGCUGAUCGCGGAGCGCAUCGUCCGUGCCCUGGGGAAGGGCUACCACAGGUUUUCCUGCACCGCCUGCGGCCGGGCCAUCGGCACCGAGAGCUUUGCCGUGGACGAGCGGGACGAGGUGUACUGCGUGGCUGACUUUUACAGGAAAUACGCCGUGGUUUGCAGUGCGUGCCAGCAGCCCAUCGUCCCCCGGGAGGACAAGGACACCUACAAGAUCGAGUGUCUGGGACGCAGUUUCCACGAGAGCUGCUACUGCUGCGAGAGCUGCGGGACACCCCUGUCACCGGA